CGGCUGUCACCACAAAAAGAGUUGGUGGCACACCUCAACCCAUCUAUCAUAUGUUCUGUUUAAUCAUAGAGUCUUGAUUACCUACCUAAAACAGAACAGUGUGAGUGAACAAAUAUAAUAGGACAUAAAGGUAAUUGAUUGAUUGUUGAACAAGCAGAGACGGAAAAUACAAAUUUGUACAACUAGAACCUUCUGGCUGCUAAUAAGACAGACUAGAAGAUCCAAAGUGUAAUCGUAAUGGGGGAAAAACCGGUGAUGGUGGUGGGGCUGGAUGACAGCGAAUACAGUUUUUAUGCAUUAGAGUGGACUUUGGAACACUUGUUUAGAUCUUCACCGCCUCCUUUCAAACUCCUUAUCGUUCACACCAAACCUACUGCUACUUCUGCCAUCGGCCUCGCUGGUCCUGGGGGUGCCGAUGUUUUGCCCUAUGUGGAGGCUGAUUUGAGGAAGAUCUCUUCAAGGAUAGCCGAAAAAGCUAAGAAGAUUUGUUCUGCUAAAUCGGUAAACGAUGUUGUAGUUGAGAUUGCGGAAGGUGAUGCUAGGAGUGUCUUGUGUGAUGCAGUAGAGAAGCAUCAUGCCUCUAUGUUAGUUGUUGGUAGUCAUGGUUAUGGAGUUCUGAAGAGGGCUGUUUUGGGCAGUGUAAGUGACUACUGUGCUCACCACGCCCACUGCAGUGUGAUGAUUGUGAAGCGCCCAAAGAUCAAGGCUUGAGAUUUGGUUGAUGCUGUGUAUUUAUAUAAUUCCAAUAAUAAAUAGAAGUUCUGCUGUGGAGUGUGUAUAAUAAAUAAAUAAAAUCAUGUUGAGGUUGAGAAGAAGAGUAGAUUUGGAAAUUGGAGUAGCUAGCAAUUUUCACUAGUCUACACAUGAAUUUUUGUAACAAAACAUAAUAGCUUGGGGCCGUCUCAAAAGAAAAUUAGUAAACCAGAAACAAAAAGCUCCUAUCAGUAGUUUUAUUUGUUAGCGGAUCAUAUCCAUCUUUGUCCUUGUCAUAAGCCAAAUAGAAAAACCUUUCAAAGAAACAAAAUUAUUUUGCGAAAUUGAUGAUUCAAUAA